AUGGCGCCGCGCAACCAGCCAGACGGACCUCACGGGUCAGCGGCGGCCCUCAACCCGGAGCGAUCGGAUGACGAGAUCUUUCUCGACAGAUUCGCAUACAACCCUCUGGGCGGCACAAAGUUGUACGAAUUCUUUCUUUCUUGGCCCGCAAACGACUACUUUCCUUCUCGUCAAGAAGUGGAGCGAAUCGCACAGCACCAGGUCAAUACCAUUUUCGGAGCCUUCGACAGAAUACGCUUCAUCUUGGAACGCCACGAAGACACCAUCAGGAAGCGAUGGACCAAGAAGAGUACCAGCAAGAAAAAGAAACUUCUGCUUGCGGCGCAGCCGAACAUUCCAAACGAACAUCGACCUGACAUGGAUGUUGAUAACGCGGUAAUAUUCUCGUUUCUGCCAGGUGGAGAUGUGAUGGAUUCCGCGACCCGUAUGGCAAUUGCGAAGAACAGCGAAGCUUGCAUGGUCCCAUUCCUGAAUAUGGAGGAUCUUCUCCAACCCGGAACCUUUCUGACUUUGCUGAGCUCGCGUGGCCAUAACCCCAUAGCAUCGUUCAGUCAAACGGAACUCCUUCACGCCCCACUCGCCCGUUGGCUAGAGGAGACACUUCAAUUCCAUCUGCAAACAUACACAAUGCUCUUUGCAGGACGAAAUACGCGAGCCACAUACGGCCGGCUGAAGGAUUGUAGAAGCAAGAGCGAAGCCCGCCAGUCAAUCCACAAGGGUAGAAGCGUUUAUCCAGGUCAUGGCUUACAAAUCCUCGGCAUACAGAAGAUACUCUAUACGUUCCUUCAGCGAUGCUGCUUUCUUCUAGUAGGCGAUCUCUUGUCAAGUGAGAAAGCACGUCUGGACCAAUAUCCCGUCAUACGCCGACCGACAUCUUUGUUCAAUGCUGCGACCGAUCACACAAACCGAGCAGAGGUCUCGUUGAUGACUCCGUACGGUGUGCCCGGACAGUUGAGCUUCGACCGUUUACGUUGCGUGAUCAGCUCCAAAGUCGGCGAACUAGAAGAUCACAUCUGGGCAUUGCGCGAAGAUCCUGGCUACUUUUCAGAGGUGUUCAACGACUAUAAGUCGCAUCGUUCCGAAUACAUCCCCUCUCUGGAUGGCAACGUCAACGCUAUAAUGAAGGAGAAGCCCCAUGCGAUCUUCGGACUCAUCCUUCGGAACCUCAUCACUGAUCCAUACUAUGCAUUAUCCUAUUGGCAUGAGUGUCUCCGUCUUCUUGACCGCCUGACCUCUACAGCCUUGCGUCAUGGCUUCCAGUUUAACCCAAACAAAGAGCUGCCAGAAGACUACCGCAAAGACAUUCUGAGGCUGUGGACGACUCUAAACGCGAUUCACAUGGAUGUCCAUGAGUGCUUUCGUCAGCGCGUUCCAGCCGCACCAGGCAUGCGACCUUAUUAUGUCAAGACAAAGGCCGACCCAAACAGCCAAGGCUCCUAUUUCAAGAUCGCGAGGUCAAAAGCAGCAGACGAUCCAAUCACUCUCCGAUUUCUCGACGCUUUAUCCCGAAUCACCGGCUCGCACAACCCACCGAAAGAGGCUUUCGUGACUGAACUGGACGACCUGGAGAGAUUAGUGAUCAAACACCCUGCCGCUAAAGAUCUUCUGUCGCCAUUUGUAUGGGCCGAUUUCUCUCAACUGUCAGUCUCGUCGGAAUGCAUCCAACAAAUCCGGUCCUAUCAACCGUGGUCAAUACAGAUCGAAAAUGAGAUGUAUUCUCGAACGGUAGAGUUGACGCUGGAGUUCCGGCACUUCACGCAAAUGUGGGGACCUGUAUCGGGCAUGCGGCGUUUUGACGAUGUCAAGUUAGCGCGUAUGGCGGAUCCAUCAGACGGGAAAUUCCGCUAUCCAAUCACCGAGAGACGUAGUCGUGUGACAACGGGUUCUUUACGCCUGGCGGAAAGGAACCUGGAUGCUUUCUGGAAGACUGCCGACGCGUUCUGCAAGAAGCUGGCGGGAGCAACCUUUCCAAACAUCUUGAAGCGCGAUAUUACCCGCGGACGCUCUAUUCGUCGCACUGCAGCAUGGACCGAGCCGACCACCCAUCUCGACGACGGAGCUCACCCCCAGCCUACAUACAAGGCUCUCACAAUCGAGACCCUUGGUGGUGACGAACACAUCAAACCAUCGGCGAUAAGCAAGAAGAAGAUCAAGACCCGUGGCACCUGCGAUCCGGCCAGUCUCGCUGAUAAACAACUCAAGUCCUGUGAGCCCUUGGACUCUCCGCCGCCACAAGUGACAGUUGACAAGCGCUCUCAUCUGGUAUUCAAGACUCUCUUCGUUUCUCCUUCAGCGCGAGACGUACCGGCGGAAGUGCCUUGGAAGGACUUCGUUCAUGUUAUGGUCAAGCGCGGCUUUGAAGCUGAGAAGCUACACGGUUCGUCAUGGCGGUUCACACCAACGACCCUGGGUGCAGAGCGCGCUAUUCAGUUCCAUGCUCCACACGGCGCGCUCAGCAAACUACCUUUGACUUGGGCGAGGCGAUAUGGCAGGAGGCUGGAGAGAGAGUAUGGGUGGACUGGCGAGAUGUUUACUCUCGCGUAG